AUGGAUGACGCUAUACAGAAUUAUUUUGGUGCACCGGUUGCAGUUCAUUCCGGUCUCGAUCACUUCACGCAAAUUUCCGUUGAUGCGCAGGUGCAAGCAGUUGAUGGUCGUUUCUAUGAUGUGAUCUUUGUUGGUACGGAUCUGGGAAAUAUCUUCAAGGUGGUGAAUUUGGCCGGCACGAAAACAAUUACAAAGCAAACAUCGCACCAUAUUUGUACCUUCCACAUUACCGAUGUAGGUACAAUUAUUACAUAA